UUUGUCAACAUGGCUGAACGCUGCGACUGCACCGAGUGCAAGGAAUCCUUAUACGGCCAGAAAUACAUCCUGAAGGAGGAGGACCCGUACUGCACCAAGUGCUACGAGGCCCUUUUCUCCCACAACUGUGAAGGCUGCCAGACGCUCAUUGGCUGCACCAGCAAGGAUCUGUCGUACAAGGAGCGCCACUGGCACAGCGAAUGCUUCCUCUGCGUCACGUGCAACCGAUCCCUGGUGGACCGGCCCUUUGCCUCCAAGGAUGACUUGCUGAUGUGCACCGACUGCUACAGCAACAAGUACUCUGCCAAGUGCAACAUGUGCCUGAACACCAUCAUGCCAGGCUCCAAAAAGAUGGAGCACAAGGGCAACAGUUGGCACGAGACCUGCUUCUCCUGCAACCGCUGCCAGCAGCCCAUCGGCACCAGGAGCUUCGUCCAGAAGGACGCCAGCAACUACUGCCUGCCCUGCUACGAGAAGCUGUUCGCUCUGCAGUGCGUCCACUGCAAGAAGCCCAUCACCACUGGAGGGGUGAACUACCGCGACCAGCCGUGGCAUAAGGAGUGCUUCGUCUGCAUCGGCUGCAAGCACCAGCUGGCCGGCCAGCGCUUCACCUCCCGGGACGACUUCACCUAUUGCCUGGACUGCUUCUGCAACCUGUUUGCCAAGAAAUGUGCCUACUGCACCGACCCCAUCAGUGGCCUCGGCGGGAGCAAGUACAUCUCAUUCGAGCUGCGCCAGUGGCACACCAACUGCUUCAACUGCAAGAAGUGCAGCGUGUCCCUGGUGGGCCGGGGAUUCCUGACGAGCAAAGACGACGUCCUGUGCCCCGACUGCGGCAAGGACCUCUGAGUGAACUCCGGAGCUGGAGGAGCCAAUCAGAGAGCAUUGGUGCUGUUCUCCUAACCCGAUCUUUGUUGCCUCAU